UGUGAAAUUUUCAUGAACCAAGUUAUGUGUUAUAUUUCGUCAUUUGUUUCAUCAGCUUUUCUAUGUUUUGUUAAAAACCUACAAAGUGAGUGAGUGCAUUGCUUUUGCUUGACUAACGGGUGUCCCUCUAAUUGGAAACGAGCGCACUGGGCACCGCCCAUCCCAGCGUCAUCUAUCUCGUCUGUCUGUCUACAAACCAAACCUCACACUCCACUCACAGCCAACGAGUUUGUUUGUGUAAGGGAACGUGUGCGUCCUCCUGGCUGUGAUGGCAGCAGUAACAGACAAGGAGCCAUGGUUUACUGACCAUGUGACUAAGUUGGCACUGCACAUCUCCUGUGAGAAUCUGCCGGAUGUGGAAAUGUUUUCAAAGUGUGACCCUCUGUGUGUGCUUCACAUGAACAGCUCAGGGCCUCACUGGUGUGAGAUUGGCCGGACAGAGAAAAUCAAGAAUUGCCUUAAUCCCAAGUUCUCCAAGACUUUUGUCAUUGACUACUACUUUGAGAUGGUGCAGAAGCUGAGGUUUGAAGUGUACGACAUCGACAAGGAAGACCACAGUCUGCAAGAUGCGGACCUCCUGGGAGAACUGGAGUGUACCUUGGGAGAGAUUGUGUCUUCAAGGAUUCUAACAAGACCACUUGUCAUGACGGACAAGAGACCAGCAGGGAAAGGAACCAUCACUAUAUGUUCUGAAGAAAGAACAGACAACAGGGUAGUGGAAUUCAAAGUUGCUGGUAGAAAUCUGGAUAGAAAGACUUACUUCAGUAAGUCCGACCCUUUCCUGGAAUUCUACAAGGAGACAGAAACUGGAUGGCAGCUCGUGCACAGGACGGAGGUGGUGAGAAACACCCUAAACCCAGUAUGGAGACCGUUCCGUAUCCCAAUGCAGUCACUCUGUGGAGGUGACAUGGAGAGACCUAGUAUAAAGGUAGAUUGUUAUGACUACAACAGCAGCGGAUCUCACGACCAUAUUGGAUUAUUUGAGACCACACUCUCUGAAAUGCUGAAGGCAUCACAAGCAUAUGAGGCCAAGAAAAACAGGAUGAAAGGAAUCCAAAACUCUUGUAUGAUCAUUAUUAAACACUGCAAGAUAGUGAAGGAGUAUUCUUUCCUUGAUUACAUAAUGGGCGGCUGUCAGAUUCACAUGACUAUUGGUAUUGAUUUCACAGGAUCCAACGGGGAUCCCAGCUCCCCCACGUCCCUCCAUUACAUCAACCCCGAGGGCUGUAACGAGUACCAGGCAGCUAUCCGGGCAGUGGGAAACGUCAUUCAGGACUAUGGCAGUGACAAGAUGUUCCCUGCUCUUGGAUUUGGAGCCCUGAUCCCUCCUUCUGGGCAGGUCAGCCACAAGUUUCCCAUCAACUUCAACCCAUCAAAUCCAUCUUGCGCAGGUAUAGAGGGUGUGCUCCAUGCCUACCAGCAGUGUCUGCACAAAGUGAGGCUUUAUGGUCCCACAAACUUUUCCCCUAUCAUCAACCAUGUAGCCCAUUUUGGCCGGCAAGCCAUGCAGCAGGAAACUGCCUCACAAUACUUUAUUCUGCUGAUCAUCACCGAUGGACUGAGCACAGACAUGGAUGAGACUCGCAAGGCCAUCGUCAACGCCUCUCAUCUGCCCAUUUCAAUCAUCUUUGUUGAAUUAGGGAGAGCAGACUUGAGUGAUGUUGAGUUCCUGUGUGGAGUUGAUGGAGUUGUACGUACUGCAGCAGGCGAGGCCGCCAUGCGCGACAUUCUGCAGUUUUUGCCUUUCAGGCAGUUCCAGAACAGGGAGAUAUUUUGUGAUCGAAGGACAUCUGAAUGGCAACAGGAUGAAUCCCCCCCAGGAGUCCAGACACUGGUGGUGGUGGUGGCUGCUGACUCUGAGGAUGAGCAUGAAAAUGUCCUCAUGAAGUGCUUGCUCAGAACAUCUUGGCAAAAGUCCCAGCUCAGGUGGCAAGUUUCUUCAAUACCAUGGGUUUGAGGCCACCCUGCAGUGACAGACCUCCUCCUGACCUCUUAGCAUCUGCCUCCACAGUGAUGUCUCCUGAGGACAACAUGCAACAUCCAGCCUGCAAUGAUGUGUGAAUACUAUGUAACAAUAGCAGAAAGCCAUAGUCAUUGUUAUUUUCAAACAUGUCCCAACAUUGGUUAAUAUGUACUUAACAGAUAUUUGAUCAAUGAGUUUUUAUUUGACACAUGUAAGUGUAUCAGGUACUGGUGAAAUGCAAUCCCACUGGAUUCCUCUCAAGCUAGGAUUUGUAAGAAGACUCAAGAUCAGGAACCUCUCAACCUACAAAUGAUCCCAUUCCUGUUUGGAUCUCUGCCUGAAGCAACUAUCACUACUCAACAUGUUCUGUAAAUACAUCAAAGCUGUUUAAGUCCUAUCUACAAGACAGGGAAUACUUUGUUUCCAGCAGCUACAUAUCUGAUCGACCUAGCAUGACAUUUGGAGUUCCUCAAGGCUCCAUUCUUGGACCUCUGUUUUUUAACCUGUGCAUGCUUCUUUAUGUUGUGUUUACACCAGGUGUGAAUGAAAAAGUUUACGUGAGUGAAUUACAUGUAGAGUCAACAUAAAAACGCAAUUAGACACAAGUUUCCGCUGGGUGGCACGAUGUACUUGACGCUAAUGACAGGAAAUACGCAAAUUAAGUGGCAUGAAUGAAGCGAGUAGCACAAUUUUGCAUCUUAAUCACAAGAGUUGAAAAAUCUGAACUUCAGCAACCAAUUUGUGCUGCGAUAGCCAAUCAGCACCGAGAUCCUCUGGCGACAUAUGACGCAGAGGAAGUUCUUUCGUCCAUUCAUGCGCGUGUGACGUGAGAUAUUCGCACGUAUGAAAUGAGUCAACAGAAAUAUAUUCUAGUGUUCAAACUUGUGCGAGUAAAGCGAAGUUAAAAUUUGCAUCAUGUGUGGUGUAAACACAACACUAAGCAUAAUCUUAUAAAACAAUAAUACUGCUUAUCAUAAUUAUGUGGAUGAUACUCAACUUUAGCACUUUCAUAAACUGACUGC